GCGUUUUUCCGUGUUUUUGUUAAGAUUAGAUGUUUGGGCCCGCCUCCUCCCAGUUUACAUCUUCUGCAGGCUAAAGACUAUUUUCAGAUAAAGUGAGCCACAUGUUGUAGUUUUUUUGCGUUGGUCGCUUUGUUACAAUUUGAGAAGCUCGCUAGUUAGUGAAUGUAGCUAACUGGGCCAUUUUCAUUCAUUCAGCGAAUGAUACAAAGGAGGGCUGUACUGAACGAGCGUGAGCCAGCUCCUCUGGUCUAUAUUUCAGGCACGAGCAUGGGGACACUGCAAGAUGAUAUUCCGGCAAAGAUGGACUUCCCAGGUCACUUCGAGAACAUCUUCCAGCAGCUGAACCACCAGCGUGUGAGUGGUCAGCUCUGUGACUGUGUGAUCGUAGUGGGGGGCCAACACUUCAGGGCCCACCGCUCUGUCCUGGCAGCCUGCAGUACACACUUCAGGGCCCUUCUGAAUGCAGUGGAGGGGGAUGGUGGAGGAGCCAGUGUGAUGGAGCUGGAUCUAGAGGUAGUGACUCCUGAGGCUUUCUCCGCCCUGCUGGACAUGAUCUACACCUCCACUCUCACUCUGGGGGUCUCCAACGUAAUGGAUGUGCUCCUGGCUGCCUCCCACCUGCACCUCAACACUGUGGUCAAGGCCUGCAAGCACCACCUCACCUCCCGCAGCUUCCCCACAUCGCCCCCGCGUGGUUGGAGUUCGCCAGUGCAGCAGCAGCGGUUCAGCCAUGCAGUGGACCAGCAGCACCUGAGGCAGUCUCCAUCCCAGGCAGCAGCCAUGGCCGGGGUCAACUCCAGGCAGCAAAGAUCUGUCCUACUCCAGCAGCUGGGGCUCAGCCUGGUCACAUCGGCCCUGGAAGGUAGCCUCGACGUUGGCGAGACUGAGUUGGAUACUAGCCAGGCAGGAGGCAGGGACGGAGGGGUUGGAGCGGAUGGAAGCAUGGAGCAACUGGCAGCUUUCUCUGGUCGGCGUCACCACAAACGCAAGAGCUCUUCUCCCCAAAUGUUUCAGGAGGAGAGGCUGAACAGCAAGCAGAGUGGGUGCAGGCUGUCUGAGGGGAAUCAUGGGGAGGGCUGCCCAAGGGUCUCCAGGAGUAAUGGGGGUGAUGAGAUUCACUCCUCUGACUCCCUGAAGACAGACGAGUGCCUCUGCCUGGAGAGGGGAAGUGCAGAGAAGCAGGAGGAGAAUUAUGAAGGGACUUUACAAGAAGAGGUACAACUGCCUAGCCAAUCAGAUAGUAAUGUGGGAGGGACACGGGAUGAUGGGGGAGAGGAUCACACAGAGGGUUCUCAGGUGGAUGGAGGGAUUGUGUUUAAAGUGAAAGUGGGAGAAGAUGAAGCAGAGGAGGAUCAUAAGAUGGAUGUAGUUGUGAAGAGUGAGCAGGUGAACUCUUAUCCAGACACACCAGGUGUGUCCAAUUAUCCUCCAUUCCCAUCCGAGGACACUGGUGAUCAUCAGGAUGAGCCAGUUAAUGAUGAGAAAGACAUACUCAGCCCGAAGGGAAAUGACCCAAGCUCAUCCAACCCCCAAUCUAGCUCCAAUCCUCAGACAGACACACACCCACUCCAAGACAACACGGAUGGAGGAGAUGGGUUGUCUGAUAAUGAGGGCCUAGACAGAAACCAAGACCUGGGCCUUUCCUGCAUUCUCAACCCCAGGAGUCAGCUUAAGGCAUUAGGAGAGGACAGUCUCAUUAACACCACCAUCAGUGAGGCUCAGGCAGAAAGCAAUGAGGCUGUUAGGUCACUUCAAAACUCAGAGGCAACAAACGCCUCCCCUUCCUCCCUUAUGUUCCCAAUAACCUCUGUCCCCUUCCAGCAGCUCCUCAGUAGCGAGGGGCACAGUUUCAGUGAUGGAUUCAUCCUUCAGUCCACCCAGACUCAGGAUGUUCUGGGGGGCUUCUUGAGGGGCAUCAGGCCAGAUGUAGGCACCUUGGGCAGCCUCAGUUUGAGCACAUCCCUCUCCCGAUCAUCCAGGGCUGAGAUGACUGGAGUUGGGGGUAGCUUAGGGCUGCCAGUUUACCGUCGCAUCGCUCCAAAAGUGAACCCCAACUCUGAGGGCCAGAUAGAUGGACAACCCCAGGAUCCUUCCUCCUCCGGUCCAGCAGGGGGGGAUACUGCUCCUCUCCCUGCCCUGACCAGAGCAUCAGAGGACGUCCUUUCAAAGUGUAAGAAGGCCAUGAUGGAGCACAACGUCCUGGUAGUGGAGGGGGCAAGGAAAUACGCCUGCCGGAUCUGCUGUAAGACCUUCCUAAACCUGACUGACUGUAAGAAACACAUCAGAGUCCACACAGGAGAAAAGCCCUACGCCUGCCUCAAGUGUGGCAAACGCUUCAGUCAGUCGUCCCAUUUGUACAAACACUCCAAGACCACCUGUCUACGCUGGCAGAGCAGCCACCUGCCUGCCACGCUGCUCUGAGAGACCGGGAAAUCAGGUGGAAACACUGUGAAAAACAGCCGGUGCUACCAGUCAGAAAGCUCAUUGACAUUUUCCAUUUCAAAAUGUUCUUCCAUAUCAGGGUUAUGUUUACCUGGUCAUUGUUAUAAAUAUUGUUGAAGUAGACACUUUAAUAUUGAUGUGAAAACAAGUGUUGACUGUGUGAUUUUUGGAAAGCACGCGCAGAAUAUACUGUAGUUUGUCUAGACGACGACUACAUGAAAUGUGAUGGUAUCAUCAUAGAACAGAGAGAAUGGAACUCUUGAAAAUAAUCUUUACACUACUUCUCAGUAGGAUCACUAUUGAACAGCGAUACAAAUUAAACUACAUUGGAACCAAACUGA